UAAUGAAAAAUGGCGUUUGUGUUGUGUUGAAAAAUUACUAUAAACAUACAUUGUGUGUUAAUAGUAUUAAAAUUGCCCUUACUUGGUAAUUAGUGUUAAAUUUCAUUUUUAAUAGGGUAAAUAAUCGUGGACUGAUGAGUUUAUUGACAGAUGUCUGCCGUGGCUCCCACUAUCCCCGGUUGGUGAUGUUGUACUUGUUGCAGAAUAUUUGUUCUCAAUAUUAAAAGUUUUGUUAUAUAAAUUAAUAACAUUACCAUGAUUGUUCUAUUUAACAAUAUUUUCAUAUAAAAGGGGCUGACCCAACCAAGGACAUACAAAAGCGUCGGGCUGGUAGUAUUGGAUCCGAUGAAGACGACGCAAGUGGUGGGAAAUACACAAGGAUGGAGGAGGAUAAUAUUCAAGAUAAAGAGAGAUUUGCUAGCCGCGAGAAUCAUUGUGAAAUUGAACGUCGUAGAAGAAACAAGAUGACAGCAUAUAUCACGGAACUAUCUGACAUGGUUCCAACAUGUUCCGCUCUCGCGCGGAAACCAGACAAACUUACCAUAUUGCGAAUGGCCGUAGCGCAUAUGAAAGCACUGAGAGGUACUGGAAACACUUCGACUGAUGGUACAUACAAACCUUCUUUUUUAACUGAUCAAGAAUUAAAGCACUUAAUUCUAGAAGCUGCCGAUGGAUUUUUAUUUGUUGUUAGUUGUGAUACCGGUCGCAUCAUUUACGUUAGUGAUAGUAUAGCACCAGUACUUAACUAUUCUCAGGGAGAAUGGUACUCGUCGUGUUUUUAUGAUCAAGUUCACCCGGACGACGUUGAGAAAGUUCGGGAACAGUUGAGCACACAAGAGCCACAAAAUACGGGUCGUAUUUUGGAUCUUAAAACGGGAACUGUCAAGAAAGAGGGCCAUCAGUCGUCCAUGCGCCAGGUGAUGGGGUCGCGGCGCGGCUUCAUCUGCCGCAUGCGCGUGGGCGGCACGGCGGAGAGCGCGCACCUGGGCCGCCUGCGCGCGCGCAACUCGCUGGGCCCGUCGCACGACGGACACAACUACGCCGUCGUGCACUGCACCGGAUAUAUUAAAAAUUGGCCACCUACAGAUCUGUUUCCAGGUAUGCAGAUGGACCGUCCGGUGGAAGAUGAACUUCACGCCUCUCACUGUUGUCUCGUCGCUAUUGGCAGAUUGCAGGUGACGUCGACGCCGAACAGCACGGAGGGCAGUCUGUGCAGCGGCGGCGUAGAGUUCGUGUCGCGGCACUCGGUAGACGGACGCUUCACGUUCGCGGACCAGCGCGCCGCGCAAGUGCUGGGCUACGCGCCCGCCGACCUGCUGGGCAAGCUCUGUUACGAGUUCUACCAUCCGGAGGACCAGCAGCACAUGCGGGAUAACUUCGACCAAGUUUUAAAGUUGAAGGGGCAAAUAAUUUCACUUAUGUAUCGGUUCCGCACUAAGAGCAGAGAAUGGAUCUGGUUAAGGACAUCUGCCUUUGCAUUCUUGAAUCCUUACAAUGAUGAUGUUGAAUAUAUUGUAUGCACAAAUACAUUAGCAAAUCGGUCAUUAGGAAGCACCACUGGGGAGCCAGUUGCAGAGGAGAAUUAUGAUUAUCAUCUGCGUCAGCGUGACGUGUACCAAGCGCCUCCUCCCACUAUACACCAACAACAUCACCCACCUCCAGGAGCAGUGGGCGCGCGGUCACCAGACGAGGGCGGCGCGGGCGGUGGAGCGGGCGGCACUCCGUACGCCGCGCAUGCACCGCACGCGCCACAUUACGCGCCAGACUAUUCGCCGCACCGCCCCGCAAACACUCCUCCACACACAACUUGGACCACCCUACGCCCAAGCGCCGGGGCGGGCACGGCUGGUGGCGCAGGAGGUGCGACUGGUGAGACGUACGCUUACAGUGGCGAGGCAGGUGCGGGAACUGGUGCGGGCAGUCCAACGCGUUCUCCGCCCGCGCCUGCCUACCUACCGCCCGCGCACUACCAUCAUAACCACCACCCGCCGCACCCUACGCACCCUACCCAUGGCAUGUGGUCAUGGCAAGGCGGCGCAGGAGCGGCCUCGGGUGCGGUCGCGGAAGGCGGUCACGCCCCGCACGAACUCUCCGACAUGCUGCAGAUUCUGGACCAGGGCGGCGCUGCCACUUUCGAGGACCUUAACAUUAAUAUGUUCAAUUCCAACUUUGAAUAGUGAUUGCCUUCUAUAGUGAUCCCCUGUAAUCCUAUAUUAGAUUUUAUUAAUUCGGUUUGGAGCACGAUCGUUCCAUUGGUGCGGAGAUAAUAUUACGUUUGACACUCUUUAUGGUUAUGUGUAAGAAUGGUGUUUACAUCCUCGUAGAAGUUGUGUCGUUAUGUAAGACGUCACGGGUUGGCUCGGACUGCAAUGGCGAAUAGUUGGUAUUGCAUUAUUGCAACGAACCAAUUAACCGAGGUAUAUCUAGUAAUAAAAGCUACGAGCUAUUUAUGAAUAAAAUAGAAAAUUAAUACUUUGUAUACAGAUAUUUCAGAAGUAAUUUUUGCCUUGAAAUCGUAACUGCAUAUUUAUAUUAUUAUUUAAGAUAUUACAAGUUGCAGGGCUUAAAAAAAAUCCUGUAUGAUAUUUUGGCGAAAACGAAAAAGAUUUGCAAUAGUAAAAUCUAUAAUUUCACUUAACAAUAAAUAUGAGAGCCGGACUUAUUACAAUAUUACAACCAUGAAUUUUAAGUACUUUCAGUUACUGAAUCUGCAACUUGAAUACUUAAUAAAAACAAGGUAAUAUAAAUGUAUAAAACAAAAGUAUCUAAAAAUUAUUUUAAACAAAUAUUAGUACUGUGUUGAGCUAUUAUUGAAGCCCUUUUGGCAUAAUACAUAUUUGAUUUCAUUUGAUAUCUGAAAAGUAAUACUAAAUAUAAUUUUUAAGUUAAAUUAAAUGUAUAGAAUAGACUACAAGUUUUGAAUAAAAAUCAAAGCUGAAAUUAAUAAUUGGAGAUACUAAGAGAUAUUUUCGAGAAGUACAUGUACAAUAUAAUACAACCAAAAACCAGUGAGAUAAAAGAUGGUGUCAACAAGAUACAAAUGUUUUGAAGCAAUAAGAAAAUCAUCCAUACUACAUGUUGUGGAACAUAAACUUUAAUAUACAAUAUUUAAACAAAUCAUGUACCAAACUGAAUGAAAAAUUUGGAUAUGACGAUUGUUUUACGAAACAUUAAGAAUUUUAUAUAUUAUUUGUUUUCAAUAACACAUUUAAGGUCACCUUCUCAAUCUUGUUAUAACUAUUACCAUGUGCUUUUCUUAUUAUUGCUUUAUCAUUUGAUCACAAUCGGCCUUUUUGUUUUAUUGACAUAUUCAAGAUAAAAACACUUCAGAAAGCUUGUGGAAAAUAUAAACUUUAUAAUUAAAAAUUUGUCAACUUUAUGAUUUAUAUAAUCUAUAUGCAUUGCAACAAUAUAUAUGAGGCAGUAGUAGUUGUAAGAUAUUUCCCUUAUCAAAGCUACUGUUGGCGAUCAACUUAUCAAAUAAAAUGAUAACAUUUUAUUAUGUUAGCAAUAUGAGAUUUGUUAUUAAGAUUUAUGUUUAGGUGCUUAAACAUUUUAUUUUUACAUUUUUAUUUACUAUAAUAUAUUUAGGAGGAUAGUUAAUAAAAUUUGAAACACUUCUUAAAAUGUGUAUUACUAUUUUAUAUAAAGCAUACAGUGCUGACUGCACGGGUACACUAUAAAUCUAAAUACUUUUUAAACAUUGUUGAAAAUGAGCAGAAUGGAUGUUUUGUUUGGCAUUGUUAUAUUUAUAGAUAAUAAAUUCACCUACUGGCUAAAUUUAAUUAACGUCAAUGAGUUUUUAUAUAUAUAUAUCACCUACAUAUAUGGUUGUUUGAAGUAUAGAAAUAUAUAAACCAUAAACUAUUUAUUGAUUUGUCUAUUGGCUAUUUUAGUUUCUAAAUUCGUAUCAGUAAUUUUGAGUAGGAUUUUACCAAUGAUAUUUUCGAAGGUUAAAUUACAAACAAUCAUAAACUUGUAAUUUAUUAAAUUCACAGCAACUGAGCUAUAUUUAAAUCUGAAAUAGAAUUAAUAAAAUUAGAUAUAAUAAUUGAGUAAACAAUUUCGGUUUCGGUUAUGUGACAAUAAACAUUAUCACGCAUGACAAAGUGAUAAAUUGAUAUUUUUUUGAAUCUCUCGAUUGCUGUAGUUCGAAAUUCUCAACAUUCCGUCAAUUUCACGAAAUCGAAAAUUAUCUUUUAGCUAGACUAAUCACGAAGUUGUUAUAAUUUUUAUGUCUUAUAAAGUGAUCUUAAACAAUUAUAGUUGUUUUACAUAUUGUAUUAAUUUUCCUUUUUUAUACAGAAAUUAUUGUGUAAGUGACGCAUUUAAGAUAUUACUUUUUAAUUGAAAUUAUUUUGAAUCAAUUUUAGGUAUACCAAAAUUUUGUAAAAGAUUUUUUCAUUAAAUAUAAGCAACAUGCA